AUGCAUUUCGAAAUGUUUUCUUCCAUUUCCUUCUACAUUUCACACUUUUUCCAGUCAACGAUCGCUACGGAGACAUCGGCGGCCGACGAAAACGACUUCAAAAGUCGACUGCACAAGAGGAAAAGAGGAUUUGUGGUAUAUGAAAGUUGACUACCAAUCCGCACGGUAUUUCCCCACUUUCAGUAGUACAGAAAUGCCCCCGAAGAAGCGAUUUCGUUUGUCCGGUCAGAAGAUCCUGGAAAUGUGCGCUCGACGAGGUAACAAAGCAUCAAUUCAUAUUUGCGGAGAAACGGAGAAAUUUUCACAGAGAUACCUCCUGCUGCCAUUGAGCCAACCGCUUCCACAAUCAGCGACGCUUCUUCGCACUUCGGCGACCACUUCUCAUACGACGUGGACCUAACUUUUGACGACUACGAGCCAACUCAGUUUGAUGUGAAAGCGAACAGUGGCAUCUCGGAUCUCGUUGACAACACGUGUCAGGAGGUGCUCGAUGACUUUGAGCCGAGAGAAAGGAGUAAAACACUUGCGCACCGUGUGUCGCACAUUAAGUUUGGCCUAAACAUAGCAAAAGCUCCAGCAGAGUCUUUGCAAGACGUGAAAGUAGGCAGCCAGUGGUACGUACGCUGUACAACGUUUUCAGGAGCAGUGGAAGAACGUGAUGCCCGAUGGAAUUGUCGAUGACCUCAGAAGAAUCGUUGUAAAGACCAAGGGGACUCUCGAGUGCGAAAAGUGGGCGUCAAUGCUCGGAUGCACUGCUUAUCUGAUCAAGCGGGACGAGUGCCGGCAGAAAGAGCACGACGAGAUGGCCGCGAAAUUCCGUCAAAUGCAAGUGCAGUUGAUGAGCAUCCGCGACAAGACGUCCAACGUUCUGACUAUUUCGGAGAUGCCGAAUCCGAUGGCCAAACUCAACCCUUCUCUGUACACAGGGACCGCCGUUCUUCUGAAAUCUCCAGUAGACAGUAAUAAUAAAUAGUAUCCAGGAAUCGCGUACAGUUAAUAAUUGCAGAAUCGACUAUUAACAUUUCCGAAAUGUUCGACAAGGAGGGAACGAGAGCUGCGCGCCUGAAGAAGAUUGUCUCCCAUUGCACAGUUCGUCUGCUCAAGGCGGUAAGUCACAUUUAAAGAUUAGAUGAAGGGGGAAAUACUUAUACAAAGUAAAGUCCUAGUGACUGACGAAAAGUUUUCUUCCCGAAUCAGGUGAAGACGACAAUAACUAAACAACGUUCAGAUUGUACCGCAGCAUCUCAUGGGCACUUUCUCAACCGCCGACAACCCGACCGCACUCGACAAGUAUCCGGAGAGCCACGUCAAAGACUUUUCCGGUGAGUUUCGUUGUACUCCGAAAUAAGUGUGAACAAGCAGAACGCUUCAUAGAUAGGUUCAUUUCUAAUCGUUUUAGUUAGUAUCGGAAAAGAGAAGUCAUAAAAUUCACCAAAAAUGAAGUGAAUUUGUGCGAACUGAUGUAUGAUAAUAAAUUCAUUGCAGAUUACCUGCAGGAAAUCGUGCGCAUUGUACCCGCGGAGGAGGGAAGUGUGAGCCCAGAAGACUUGAAGUUCCUGAUUCCCGAACUAGUGAAGUCUCAAAUGAAAUCACAGUUGUACGGGAAAUUGAGAAAUCAAAGAGAUUAAGUUCAAUUUUCAGCAAAAACGCGCUCAAUUCGGGAAGAAAGGCCAAGAAGAACGCGAAACGGACAGCCCACAACAGCCCGAGCACAAGUUCCGAGCACAGUGAUGCAUCCACUUCGAACCCGCCCGGCAAAUAG